UCAAAACGUAAGCUCAUAACGAACAAAUGUAUUGCCAUGCCAAUCCUUGAAUGGUGAACACAAACGCCAACUGAAACCUAAUUGUAAAUCUAUGGAUUAACGUUGUUGUAAUUCUAAUAGUUCAUUGUCUUCGUUAUUAUUUCAAACAUGAUAAAGAAAAGCUGUGAAUCUGCCUUUGAACAUAUCAUUUUGGCUUAAACGUCGACGCAAAAUGCAUUUAUCGGUAAAGGAAAUUUUGACUGCGUUUUUCUUGCUAUUAGCGCAUUUGGAAGUAGUCGCUGUGCCGCAUAACAAUGUUACUUUUGUACCAGUUGAUGCGACCACUAUCAACGUCAAGCAAACGGCAAUGGAAAAUGAUCGCACGCCGUUUGGUCGAAUAUCUGAGGCAAACAACCUCAAUCGGAAUAAAACCGCCGAGAGCCGUAAGCGUUUCCAAAAAACUAUGGACGCAAUAUUCAAUGACUACCGAAAGUAUCUGUCUCCGACGGAAGGCGUGUUGAGCGCCAGCUGCUGGCUUAACGUUACCACGGCUCCCGUGGCGCUGAUAGAAUUGGCGGAAUUGGAUGAACGACUGUCCACCAUUUUGGACUUCCAGUUAAAGUGGUCGGAUGAACGUCUGGCGUGGAAUAUAACGGAAACGGAGUGGUAUUACGUGCCGCAUGAUCCGAACAUGAUAUGGACGCCGAAGAUUGAAAUAGGAAAUCCUCAUGACACCAAAGUGGCCCAGAGUAGCAAGUCACAACGAAAUGUUCUGAACGUGAUCUAUGACGGCAGCGUUUCCUGGCGGUUUGUACGGCCCAUUGACACGAUAUGUGAGGUGGACUCCACAUAUUACCCCUUCGACCGACAAAUCUGUGAGAUAGACCUAAAAGUAUCACCCAUGUGAACAUGUUCGGUUGUGCCAUUCAUUUCGAGCACAAAAUUAACCAACAGAAAAGGUGGAAACUUGGGAACGGAAACUGGCGGUUCGUGGAUCAUCGAGUUUACCAAUACACGCAGGAGGACCGCCGUUAUUACACGGCGACUCUCGUGUACAUGUUUGAGCGGAAACCAACCACUCAUCUUAUUAUAUUCAUAGUUCCUCUGUUCGUUCUUGUGUUAUUAGCGCCUCUAGUGUUUCUGCUCCCGAAAGACGGCGGGGACCGAAUGGGGCUGGCGCUCACCGUCCUCCUGGCCGUCUCCGUGUACAUGACUCUCGUUGCCGAUCGACUUCCGGACGCCUCCGAGCCCGUGCCGAUAGUCACGAGCGUGUUUUUCGUCUGGUACAUUUCAAACGCGAUGAUCGUUAUCGUUGUACUCGUCAACUCGAGAAUCUACAAAAUGAACCCAAAACGCCUUGUCCCCCGAAUCAUCCAGCAGUUUGUUUUCUUCACAGCCAGACUAUUUUGUAUUGUCGACCAAGUAGAAGAGGAAGCUAUUUUAGCUAAUCAGAACGGCGACCUUGUAGAAGACGACGAACAAAAUCGCGUCCUUACUUCGGAAAAGCAGCGACGCUAUAAAAUCACGUGGAAACACGUGAGUUCUGCGCUUGACAAGUGGCUUGUGACUGGUCUAUACGCCGCUAAGGCUAUAUUUGCCGUUUCCAUAUUAACGUGGUUGAGCAAUGGAGACAAGGACAAAGUGCCAUAUAAGGAGCUUGAGGAGGGCCAGGAACCGUAUGUCUACGAAGAUAAUCUGCCACCAGCAUGAAGUUCAUGAAAGUUUGAAGAGUCAAGUACUUAGGCAUUGUGCUGAACUUACAAAACAUGUUAUUUUGAAGCAAUAAAACUAUAUUAUGUUGCUAAAUGUAAAAUUAUUUAUACUUUUUACGGUUAUUCAUGUAUUGCAGAAAAAAUAUGCAGACAAACAGUUCAACUCCUAAAGUAAUCAAAUCAAUAGUGUCAUUCAUGCUCUAUCGCUCAUCGAGUGUAACAGCUUUAUAUUUGAAAACAAGCCUGAACUAUAGACAUCAAUAAAUGUAUCGCCCAAAAAUCA